CCAAGAUGCACCAGGGGGCGGUGUGAGCGUUUACUGUUGGUGUUUCGAUCCGCAAAUGGAGACGAGAAAGUAGCGGCAGUCCCUUCUGACAAAUAUGGACAGAACCAUAGAAACCAGAGCCACAGAGUAGCCAGGGGGGAGCUGUAUGAACAUGUCGGUGAAGUGCUCCCUGCCUCGUCCACCUCCUCCUCCGGCCCAGGGUCCACCUCCUCCUCAUCUUCCUCCUGCCUCAGCAGACAGGAAGAAGCUGUACCAGACUCUGGCCGGCAGCAGGAGUCCUGUGGAGGGGGACAACACGGAGGCCUGCGCACUGCUCAGUCAGAGGGAGGACAGUUUUAGGAAGGACCUGCAGUGGAUCCUGGUGAACACAUACGUGCCUUCUCUAAUCCAAGAUGGUCCACAGUGUGGUCUGGUGGCUCUGUGGAUGGCUGCUCACCUCCGACAGCCACAGCUGAGUGUCGACAUGGAAGCCGUGGUGCAGACAGCGCUGAGCCGGGGAUACACAGCACAGGGUGAAAUGUUUUCAGCUAACAACAUGGCCUUGCUGGCAGAAGAGGUUUGUGGCUGUAAGGCAAAACUGCUGUCUGGAGGUUUGAGUGGUAACAAUGCUGCAACCGUCAUCACACACCUGUGGGGGAGACAGCCUGUUCUCGUCCCAUAUGACGAGGACUUCAACCAUGAGCCAUGUCAGCGUAGCGGCCACAGGGCGCACUGGGCUGUUGCCUCAGGUGUCCUCCUCGGGUUGGAUCAGGGGAGUGUGAGUGAAGAGCACCGUAGGCCUGUUCCCAGUCUUCCCUGGCUUUACCUGCCUGGCGACACCAGUUUCCCUUGUCCCAUCAGCAGCACAGGGCUCAGAGAGGUUUACGUCCUGGCUAAGCAGGGUAAAAGUCUACGCUACCAGCUGUGGAGCUUGGACAGCUUAGCUCAGAGCAACAAGCAACUGAGGACGAUGGGCCCUCAGAGAGCUAAUGACGGGGUCCAGUAUGUGGUUCCUCAAGGAGGUGUGGAGGCCGGGCUGGCUGGACAGGCAGUGCUGCUCCACACAAGGACACAGGAGCAAUAAUAUGAGUGAUGCUGCUGCUGCCCACAAGGACCUGCAGCUUAAACCAUGGAUGCAAGAUGCAAUUGAGAACAGACAGGGAACAAUCCAAGUAAUAAUUUUAUUUCAUCACAGUGGAUUCCUAUGGUGCAGUGCGUGAUCCUACAGAUAUGGAUGUAUGAACAUUCUCAUUUUAGCUUGACUACCAUAUACUUGAAUUUAUCCAACUGUGCUUUGAAAAAGGCUUCAAAAGGGAAUUUGAAAAAUUGAAGAUACGGUAUGUGAAACAAUUUUGAUGUGGCAAAAUGUGUCGUAAUAGCAAGUAUAAAUGGUCACAACGGCGUAGAUUCUGCGUCAAUCUAAAGCAAAAGUAUAAACCAGACUGAAAGGGCAAAGACAUUUCCAAUUGUGUUGUUUUCAUGGAGAGUUUCUUUUCUGUGUUGCAGGUUUACAAUAUCAUGAAUUUUCCUCAGAGUAAAUGGAAUAUAUUCACACAAA